AUGCCUACUUGGGGUCGUGGAGGCGCGGGGAAUAUCGUCUCGGAUGAGCAGGUCAAGCAGCAGAGUGAGAGGGACCUCGAAGCCAACCGCGCCCCUCUCUCCUCCACAACCGCCUCCACAUCAACCGCAACCGCACCCAGGACCCCUCAACAAGAGUAUGCCCACAUGGGCAGGGGUGGCGCGGGGAACUGGUACCAACCGCACGAACUCUCCCACUCCGGGUCCUUCAAUCAAACGUCCGACUCCACAGCCGCGCCCUCUGCCACUUCCAAGCCGCAGGUUUCGACGCCCUGGCAUCCGGAAGGGGUGGAGCUACCUGUUGCAAGGGCGGGUAGGGGAGGAGCGGGGAAUUUUGUGUGGAAGCAGGAGGAGGAGAAGCGGAAGGAGGAGGAGAGGGAGGAGGAGGAAACGAGGAGGAUUGAAGGGGAGGUGGAAAGGGUGGUGGCGGAGGGGUUGAAGAUGCCUGCGCGGGCGGUCCUGGGAGAGGGGAGGGGUUGGUAG